AUGAACCCAUUGGACCAAAAAAAGGACUUCCGAACGCUGUACCAGGAAAUCAAGGAUCAACAAAAUGAGACCAGAAUCAACUUCAUGAGGCAAAACUACGAUAAACUUCCGUCGUGGUCGAAGCAAGAAGUUGAUAAAGAAAUGGGAGGAUUUCAACAAGACUCAUCAGAUCCACUGAACCUUCAGGCAAUCUUGGACGAAAAUGAGGUCAACGGAAGGGUGAACUACUACGAUUUCCAUGGAAUGACAACACCGGUCACCGUGCGGCCGCAUGUGUGUGCGAUUAGAGCUGGAGCAAUGAUAGCUGGAGAAUGGGAUGUAAACGACGUCAACAAGGAAAAUAAAGGAAUCAGAUUGCAAAACAUGAAGCAAGGAAAAUUGAUUCCAAACGGAAAAGAAGACCAGCUGACAAGAUGGGCUGGAUGGGCUGGUGGAUCUGAAGAACGAGAUAACCAAAGGAGAUUCAUUGCGAUAUUGGUUGUAAACGAAAACAACAAUAAUGGCGGAAGCGGAGGAAAUGAAACGACGCCGGUCAUCGUGCGGUUGUCUGCAGUUGCAAUCAGUGCUGGAGAAUGGCUACAAAACGUGAACACGAAAAAUGGAAACCCACUGAACGUCCGGGCAAUUUCGAAAGGAAAUGAAGCCAAUGGCUAUAACGAAAAUGAAAGAAAGGAACAACGAAAUCUGAAAAUCGAAAACAUUGAAUACAAAAGAAAAAGAGGACUAGCUGAAAAGCAAAAAAAAAGGAAAAGAAAGCUAUCACGACCUCCACUGAAUGACAACGUCGGUCACUGUGAGGCCGCAUGCGGAUGGAGCAAUAAUAGCUGGAGAAGCGGUAGAUCAAAGCAUGAGACAGCAAAGGUUCAAAAUUAUGUCACCAGCCAAUUGGAUCUCAUGAGCAAUCUAGGAUGUAAACGAAGCCAACGAAGACAAGGAGAACGAGGGAAUGAAGCUCCGGAACGCGGCUCGAACAUGGUUCGAAUUGAUUCAAAAUGA